CGCCUGCGCAGAGGGGCGGGAAGCGCACCCUCUCGUGCUGUGGCUCUGAGGAGGCAGGUCGCGGCUGGAGCUCCGAUUGCGAGUGGGACAAGAGGUUUGUGUCUCCAGCGAAUGAUGGCAAACCACCUUGUAAAACCUGACUCUAGAAACUGCAAGAGGUCAAGAGAACUGGAGCCUCAGGUGUCUGAUAGUCCACAGGUACCCUCUCUUGGAAAAUCAGAGUCAUCUCUCCCUGAGUGUUCUGGACUCUUUUAUAAAGAGGAAGCUCUGGAGAAGGAUUUGAGUGAUAUGAGUAAGGAAAUUAAUCUGAUGUUGUCUACAUAUGCAAAGAUUUUAAGUGAAAGAGCAGCAGUAGAUGCAUCUUACAUCGAUGAGAUAGAUGGACUCUUCAAAGAAGCCAAUAUUAUUGAAAACUUUCUAGUACAAAAGAGAGAGUUCCUGAAGCAGAGGUUUACAGUGAUUACUAACACCCUGCAUAAGUAAUGUGCCUAUGCCAGUUGAAAGUUCCCGUUACUGCUGUGUUCUUCUUGCUAGAGAAAAUAUGUAUUAAAACUGUAACUUUUUCUAAAUUUGAAAAGGGUUUUAAGAUAGAUAUUUAUAUGAAGUAUAUAAUAUUUCUUUUGAUGGUCAAAUAUUUGGCACAUUAUAUACAAAUGUAAAUUAAAAAUUAUAUACAUGUUCUUUUCUUUAUACUUUACUCCUAAAUUGCUUAGCCCUUCUUAAACUAUGAAAGAGAACUCUUUUAAUUUGAUUAUGCCUAAUAAUAUUUGUUUAAAUAGCAGAUGAUUUUUGAGAUAGUUUUAAAAUGUUUUUCUUGGUCAUUAUUAUAAAAGAACAUUAAAACAUUAAAAGUAUUUUGUCUAGCUUCUUAACAUAUAAUAAAACAUAACAGUGUGCUA